UUAUUUUUUAAAAUGCUCUUGGGAAAAAAAAAUGCUCUUGGGGUUUUGAACAAGACCUGUCAAGAUCUGUCACGGUUGCUAUUGGCAUGGAAUGUAUUGGUGCAGAGAUGGGUCCUGAGGAGAACAUUUGAAAAGUCAAGUAUUUGGAAUUUGUUUUCCACCUUUGCUCUCAUUUUACUGACUUAUUCUUCUUUAUAGUACACCACAGUUUUGAGUUCAACCUAUGGGUUAUUUGAGAGCCUAAUAAUUUUAAAGCAAAUAUUAAACUAUGCUCAAUUAGUUUAAUAUUUUUAUCUAGUAACUCUUGAGCACCAACUGUAUCCUAGGUACCAUGAGGAAAGGAAAGCGCAAAUGAAUAAUAUGUCAUCCUUGCCUAGUUUUAUUUAUUUAUUUAUUUUUUGAGACCAACGUAGUUCAAGGCAGAGGAUUAAGUGCCAGGUCAUAUAGAAGUGAGUCUUGCAGAAGAUAUAUACAGAGGAAUGAGAAUGGAAAGAGCUGGAAAAUGUGUAAAUCAUUAUGGAAGGCUGAAGUAAGGCAGGAGAACCUGAACAGGGUCUUGAAGGAAUUCCCUUUGGGAAAGGUGAUAGGGCUGGGAAGUUGGCAGGGAAAUUAGAAGUACAUUUGUAAUUUUCAAAAAGCCCUGUUUUAAAAAGAAUCAGAAAAAUAUGGACCAGUAUUUUUUACAUUUUCUUGCUUAUCUAAAGCUCCUCCCCAAAUAGUACCUAUAACUUGAAGACAUGGCUGGCCCUAGGAAGGGCAGAGACAAACUAGCCCAUUUGAACUGGCCACCUUCUAAAAUGCAGUUAAUCUUCAGCAGACGUGAAUGUAACUUCUUUGGUGUGAAGCUGCCAAAUUUCCUUGGCCCAGGAUCUUGGAAAAUACCAAGGUUUCAACAGUUUGUUCUGAAACUCAAGGUUUGUGGAUACUGCUUAACUGGAGUUUGUUUUUAAAGAUGUCCACUCUAGAAAUGGAUUUUUACUCUUUAACUUCACUAAAUGAUUGCUUAAAAUGUCAAGUUUCUGGUUGACCUUUCUACGGGGGGAUAUUUUUGUGUGUCUUAUUUUUAGUAUCUUAUUUUUUUGUCUGUCUUAUUUUUAUAUUCUCAAUUUCUCUUUUCAAUUGGAUUGUGAAUUUAAACUGAAUGAGGCAAGGUUUCGAAGUUAUUUGUAAAACAUUUCCCUUCAAUUCCAAGGUUGAUGUGAUUUUACUUCCAGAUAAUUAUUGAGGAAUGCUGUAUUUUGGAUUUGUUUUCUGCUUAAAUUUAUUUACCUGAAAGUGUUCUUGGCAAAGUGGUCCUUGAGAUUAAAAAAAAAAAAAAAAAAACACAACAACAAAGUGCUGUUUUCUGAAAGGGGUAAGUUUUUCACUGUUUUUUGAAUGGGAAAGUUUGCUUCUAAUAAAAAUUUCCUCUUCCUUUGGCAAAUGUUGAUGUUUUUGAAGUCUUCCAAAAGGAAAAGGGAGCUUGGGAAGCUUUUUGGGUUUUUUUUUUGAUAGUUAUCUGCAGCCCCUUUCCCUUCCGCUGUGUGCUUCUAACCCCACCUUUGUUUUAUGAGUCUUGAACUAAAUCUCUCUACUGCUGAAAAUGGAUGUUGAAAAUGGACCCAAAUCAGGUUGUUCUGGGUGGAAGCAGGAGAAACUGAUUACUCUGGUACACGGAGCAUCUCACAUAGCAGCCAGGGGUCUGGAGAGAGACUUUCAUUCUGUACUUUUAGACAGCUUGAACCUUGUUUUUCCCAGGUACAUGAAAUAAUUAAUAUAUGCAAGACCAAUGUUUUUGUUGGGUUGUUUUUGUAAUGGCUAGAGUACGUGGUAUAUGGACUUUAAAGGAACUUGAUUUUGAAGUUUACCAACUCAGAUCCUACUGGCUUUUGUGUUGUUUAGAAAAAUAUUUAAGAUUCAUGUGGACUCAUGAUCUCAGCCUCCCACGUGUCUGUUUUCAGACCCUUUUCUGUCCUUGCUGCACUGGUAAAUCAGCUGUGGUUGGUGGUCCCGUUUGAAAGGCUUGUCAAGUGUGCACUUACUUUAGCCUGCACAUUCACAACUGCAGACUUUUCUUCUGAAUAGCUUAAUUUUUCUUCCCCUCUGCAGCACUGGGCCGCUUGUGAGCGUCACACUGCCAGCGCAGGAGCUACUGGAGAGUUCUCUUUAUUUCUGGAGACUCCGGGAGUGCCUCUCCCACGCUGGGAGCGAGUGAACGGAGCCUUGGGGAAGAGCCCACUGCUGGAAGGACCGUGGGAGGAGAUGCCUGGGAGCCAGCUCUAAGUUGUACAAUGGUGGAUGGAGUGAUGAUUCUUCCUGUGCUCGUGAUGAUUGCGUUCCCUUCCCCUAGUAUGGAAGACGAGAAGCCCAAGGUAAACCCCAGACUUUACAUGUGUGUGUGUGAAGGCCUCUCCUGUGGGAACGAGGACCACUGUGAAGGCCAGCAGUGCUUUUCCUCGCUGAGCAUAAAUGAUGGCUUCCACGUCUACCAGAAAGGCUGCUUCCAGGUCUACGAGCAGGGGAAGAUGACCUGUAAGACCCCGCCGUCACCUGGCCAGGCUGUGGAGUGCUGCCAAGGGGACUGGUGUAACAGGAACAUCACGGCCCAGCUGCCUACUAAAGGGAAAUCUUUUCCUGGAACACAGAAUUUCCACUUGGAGGUUGGCCUCAUCAUUUUGUCUGUAGUGUUUGCAGUAUGCCUUCUAGCCUGCCUAUUGGGAGUCGCUCUCCGAAAAUUUAAAAGGCGCAACCAAGAACGCCUCAACCCCAGAGAUGUUGAAUAUGGCACCAUUGAAGGGCUCAUCACCACCAACGUUGGAGACAGCACUUUAGCAGAUUUAUUGGAUCAUUCGUGUACAUCGGGAAGCGGCUCUGGUCUUCCUUUUCUGGUACAGAGAACAGUGGCCCGUCAGAUUACACUGCUGGAGUGUGUUGGGAAGGGCAGGUAUGGUGAGGUGUGGAGGGGCAGUUGGCAAGGGGAAAACGUCGCUGUGAAGAUCUUUUCCUCCCGGGAUGAGAAGUCGUGGUUUAGGGAAACAGAAUUGUACAACACUGUGAUGCUGAGGCAUGAAAAUAUCUUAGGCUUCAUUGCUUCGGACAUGACAUCAAGACACUCCAGCACGCAGCUGUGGUUGAUCACACAUUACCAUGAGAUGGGGUCGUUGUACGACUACCUUCAACUCACUACUCUGGAUACCGUGAGCUGCCUGAGGACAGUGCUGUCCAUAGCGAGCGGUCUUGCACAUUUGCACAUAGAGAUCUUUGGGACCCAAGGGAAACCAGCCAUUGCUCACCGAGACUUAAAAAGCAAAAACAUCCUGGUUAAGAAGAACGGACAGUGUUGCAUAGCAGAUUUGGGCCUGGCAGUCAUGCAUUCCCAGAGCACCAAUCAGCUCGAUGUGGGGAACAACCCCCGUGUGGGCACCAAACGCUACAUGGCCCCUGAAGUUCUCGAUGAAACUAUCCAGGUGGAUUGUUUUGACUCUUACAAGAGAGUCGAUAUUUGGGCCUUUGGACUUGUCUUGUGGGAGGUGGCCAGGCGGAUGGUGAGCAAUGGUAUUGUGGAGGACUACAAGCCACCAUUCUAUGAUGUGGUUCCCAACGACCCAAGUUUUGAAGAUAUGAGGAAGGUAGUCUGUGUGGAUCAACAGAGGCCUAACAUACCCAACAGAUGGUUCUCAGACCCGACAUUAACCUCCCUGGCCAAGCUGAUGAAAGAAUGCUGGUAUCAAAAUCCAUCUGCCAGACUCACAGCCCUGCGUAUCAAAAAGACUCUGACCAAAAUCGAUAAUUCCCUAGACAAAUUGAAAACUGACUGUUGACAUUUUCAUGGUGUCAAGAAGGAAGAUCUGACGUUGUUGUUGUUGUCCAGCUGGGACCUAUUGCUGGCCUGACUGGUUAUCAGAACAGAAUCCAUCUGUCUCCCUCCCCAAAUGGCUGCUUCGACAAGGCAGACAUCUUACCCGGCUGUGUGCUGGGGAAGACACCAAAACCACCCUAACCUCGCUCAAUGACUGUGACCUGGGCAUUUCACAAACUGUUCACACUGCAGAGACUUAACGUUGGACAGACAAUGUUGCAAACGUAGGGAACUGGAGGAACACAGAGAAAUCCUGAAAGAGAUCUGGGCAUUAAGACAGUGGCUUUGCAUAUCUUCACAGGUCUCCUAGACACUCCCCACGGGAAACUCAAGGAGGUGGUGAAUUUUUAAUCAGCAAUAUUGCCUGUGCUUCUCUUCUUUAUUGCACUAGGAAUUCUUUGCAUUCCUUACUUGCACUGUUACUCUUAAUUUUAAAGACCCAACUUGCCAAAAUGUUGGCUGUGUACUCCACUGGUCUGUCUUUGGAUAAUAGGAAUUCAAUUUGGCAAAACAAAAUGUAAUGUCAGACUUUGCUGCAUUUUACACAUGUGCUGAUGUUUACAAUGAUGCUGAACAUUAGGAAUUGUUUAUACACAACUUUGCAAAUUAUUUAUUACUUGUGCAGGUAGCAGUUUUUACAAAACUGCUGCAUGCAUAUGUUAAAGCUUAUUUUUAUGUGGUCUUAUGAUUUUAUUACCAAAAUGUUUUUAACACUAUACUCUGAAAUGGACAUUUUCUUUUAUUAUCUGUUAAAUUCACAUUUUAAGUGCUUCACAUUUAUAUGUGUGUAGACUGUAACUUUUUUUCAGUUCAUAUGCAGAACGUAUUUAGCCAUUACCCACGUGACACCACCGAAUAUAUUACUGAUUUAGAAGCAAAGAUUUCAGUAGAAUUUUAGUCCUGAACGCUGUGGGGAAAAUGCAUUUUCUUCGGAAUUAUCCAUUAUGUGCAUUUAAACUCUGCCAGAAAAAAAAAUAACUAUUUUGUUUUAAUCUACUUUUUGUAUUUAGUAGUUAUUUGUAUAAAUUAAAUAAAAUGUUUUCAAGUCAAA